ACACACACACACACACACACACACACACACACACACACAAACACAAAACAAAAACACGUUGCUCAACGGCGAAUCUGCUGCCGCCAAUAAAGAGUUCCAGUGGAGGUCGGGGCGUAAGGAAUCUGCAGUCUCCGGCAGACGGGCGGUGGAAACGGCUUUUGUCUCGAUGCGGAAAGAACCCAAAAUUUGCUGAGAGCAUGAGCGACUGGAUGCCCAUCGCCAAGGAAUAUGACCCGCUUAAAGCUGGCAGCAUCGAUGGGACAGAUGAAGACCCACAUGACCGAGCUGUAUGGAGGGCCAUGCUGGCCCGCUAUGUCCCCAACAAAGGAGUCACCGGAGACCCCCUCCUUACCCUGUUUGUGGCACGAUUGAACUUGCAGACCAAAGAGGAGAAGUUAAAGGAAGUCUUCUCCCGAUAUGGUGACAUCCGGCGGCUGCGGCUGGUUCGGGACCUGGUGACAGGCUUCUCUAAAGGCUACGCCUUCAUUGAGUACAAGGAGGAGAGGGCCCUGCUGAAGGCCUACAGAGAUGCUGAUGGCCUGGUCAUCGACCAGCACGAGAUAUUCGUGGACUAUGAGCUAGAGAGGACCCUCCGUGGCUGGAUCCCUCGGCGGCUGGGUGGUGGACUGGGUGGGAAAAAGGAAUCUGGGCAACUGAGGUUUGGUGGCCGAGAUCGGCCUUUCCGAAAACCCAUUAACUUGCCAGUUGUCAAGAAUGAGCCUCAUAGAGAAGGGAAAAGGGAAAGGAGGGAGCGAUCUCGGUCUAGGGACAGACACUGGGACCCCAGGCCCAGGGAACGGGACCAUGAUAGGGGCCGAGAGAAGCACUGGCAAGAGAGGGCGAGGGUGUGGCCUGAGAAUGAUUGGGAGAGAGAGAGGGAGUUCAGGGAGGAGAGGGCCAAAACCAGGGACAAGAGAGACAGAAGUAAGUAGAGCCAGCAGCAGGCAGCGGAGGCCUACCCAGAGGGCUGAAGCCACGAGGCCUCCAUCAGGCUGGGGCAGUUCCUUUUGCAGUACUGAGGGUUGAACUGGAGAGCGGCAUGCCAGACAAGCACUCCAACCACAGCCACAUAGGAUGAGAGGGAGAAAGAGUUGUGUAAGAAGUCACCGGCUCGCUCAUGUGGGAAUAGAAAAGUUUUCACAUGCUGUCAUCCAACUUGGGAGUUGGAGGCAGGAGUAUGGAAAGAGAAAGGGGGUAAUAAAGAACCUAUCUUCACUUUCUCACA